AUGGCGCUCAUUCAGAUUAACCAACAGACAGUAUGUCAGACAUGCACCAUACGAUUCUCCAUUUUCAAGUCUUCACCAUCUCAAACAUCCUGGUGCAUUUACCCUCUCCGUACAAAAGGGGGCGUGUUACUCGUCUGACCUUUCUGUGCUAAGGUUCAAACAUGGCGAGAAGAAGGACCAACUCUGAGCUGACCUCCACUUGGUCCAGUUUGUAUCUUCAGUGGAGAAGCAUCAGUCAGAUGGAUGAUAUCAGAGAGCGGGUCAUAGACGUGUGACAGGAGGAGCGUCAAACUUUCUUAGAGCCAAGUUUGUAAUUUUCCAGACGGACACCUCAGCGGUGGAAUCUGCCCAGAGACACUCCACCAUGACAGCUGCUUGUUUAUACCAACAAGAGACACCAGCGUCACCGCGCUCCGUCCGUGAUUGGAGCCUCAGGGGUUCUCGUGUCGUCCCCCGGGAGGAGGCCGCUGUUUGGUUCUCACAACAAUGAGCUCAUCGCUGAGUUUCCCUCGGCGUCCAGGCGACCACGGAAAGAGGAUCCACAGCUCUGCACGGAGCGGCUGUUUCAGAGGAUCAUUACAGCGGGAUCAACUGAGAGUGCACACACACACACACACACACACACACACACACACACACACACACACACACACUGAGGGUGACAUAAUGAGUCUUAAUGAAUAAAACAGAAGCACAAUAACAUCAACUCUUCUUCACACCAUUUUAUUACAGCUGAGACUCCACUCCUCCACCCUCUCCUCCAUCUUUGAGCCUGUCAGAACCACACUGAUCCAGAUUCAGUCGGUCAGCGUUACCAUGACGACCGUGACGGGAUGUCCCACUUUCUCAGUUACAGAGCCGACAGGACGGAUCCGUGUGGUGAAACCGGACUGAGACCUCAUAUGACUCCACUACAUCAUGCAAACAUUAUGUCAUUUCAGGUCACACAGUCAAAGGUCACGUGAGGUCAUGUGACCCACUGAGAAAAACCACGACAUGAUGUGAUGAGGAAGGACAUGAGCGAACAUGAGAACAGGAAUUAUAUAACACAACAUCACCUGUUCAUAUAACCUACAACAACUUCUCUGCUGGUGUCUCAGGUUCACUCACCACAGGAAGUUACUCAACAUGUGUGGUUGUUCUGGACUUUGGGAUGAUCAGGAUUCUGAUUGGAGGAAAUCAGUCAUCUCUGUGACAUCAGCGCGAUCAGUUUAACUGAUGCUGCUGUCUGCUUCUCCACCUGUCUCCACCUGUCUCCACCUGAACCACAGCAGCAGCUCUCCUCUGUGUGUGUGUGUGUGUGUGUGUGUGUGUGUGAGUGUGUGUGUGUGUGUGUGUGCUGAUAACUUGAUGACACACACGCUCGGCUCAGGUUACACGAUCUUAUCAAGCGAUUACCAAAUCCUGCGUGGUCAUUACUCACUGAACUGCCUGACAACAGAGAGGCUGUUUGUUUUGACUGAGUCCACUGAAGCUGUGUGUGUGUGUGUGUGUGUGUGUGUGUGUGUGUGUGUGUGUGUGUGUGUAUCUAACCUCAUGUCUACAUGGUGGAGCAGGUCAGUGUACAGACAGGUUUAGAGGUUCAGGAUGUUUGAACCUUUAAUAACACCUGCACGGUCCUACUUAUAAAAUCUAUCACAGCCAUUUAUAGAGCAGAGGUUCUGAACUGGUCUCACUCUGGGGUUGUGACCCACUUUUAUAAAAUUCAAACAAACAAAAUUUAGUUUUUGUAAAAAAAAAACCUUCAAAGUCUUAAAUCUUUAACAUAAAUUCACCUGUUUUUAUUGAGUAAAGUGAAUUUUAGAGCACAUGAACUGAAGACGAUGACUGCUGACGUAAAAUAUACAGAAAAUAUCAAAUUACACAAAAUAAAGACCAAUAAUAAUAAUUAUAAAAAAAACCUGUAUUUAAUUUUACUGCAUUGAGGCCACAUUCAUAUAAUAAAAAAAAAAAACGAGGAGGACCAGGACAUAACGUGUGCCUUUCAAAAUAAGAUAUUUUUCAAAAUAAAAGACAUGUAAAGCAUCAGAUGAUAAGAAGUUUGUUAAUCCUCAAAGGGAGUUAAUAAACAAACAAAUAAAUAGUCAUCCCCAACAUCAGAUAAGAAUUACAUACUUACUUUUUGACCAGCUGUUUGCGACCCAUCCAGAACAUGUCCUAGACCCACUUUGGGGUCAGGACCCACCAGUUGAGAACUCGAGCAUUUGCCUCCAAACGUGUCGAGGUCAAAGGUGAAAAUACUGAAGUUAAUCCUAAAUACAGAGGUUUGUAUUUCAUAAGUUUUCAUCAAUAAACAUCGAUCCUGUGUAACCUCACAGACUCACCUUUGUUUACCUUUAAGAGUUUUGGCGGGCUCCUCACCGCUGGGUCACCUCUCGUUUCCUGUAGGCUGGCGCCCUCUAAUGGACGGUUAAUAAACUACUCCACUCUAAAACUUCUCUAAACUUUAUUCGAAUUAACAACAUUUUGUACAUUUUUAUUUAAAAUGAAUUGACAAUCUUGAAAUAACUCAUCAGAGGACAUAACUGCCUGCACUCCAAACAGCACAAACACACUAAACAAGGUACAAAUAAAAUAAAAAUAAUAAGAGGAGGUAACAUUUCAAUUAAAAGUGAUUUAAUUAUGUUAAAAUAGGAUUAAAUUUAAAGAGACUUUAUUAUUGUCUGAUACAGUUUUUUCAGAGACUGAUUUUCCUCUUAGAGAUGUUUUAUUGUUUUUAAUUUCAUUCUUAAAACAGUUUAUGGUGGUUUGCUGUUGUUCCAUUUAUUCCUGUGUUUAUGAUAUUUCCCUAUAAUUAAAUUAAUGUUUAUUAUUUUGGAUAUCCUUUUAUUAACAGACCAUUCAUACAGAUCAACACUUGAAAUUAUAAAAAAAAGAAUCAUUAAUCCUGAUAUUUACCCAUCGAUAAACAUGUUUUUAACAUCAUUGUGACCGAACAAGAGAAGAAGAAAAACAGAUUAAUUCUAAACCUUAGAGUUUCAGCAGCAGCAGCAGGAUAAAAACUGUUUAUUAGUUUAAACUGAAGUUCUUUGACCUUUUAGGUUAAACUACAGUCAGUCUUUGUUAAUGUCACUUCAGUUAAAGUCUCAGUAGGGGGCGGUAUUACAACACUGUAAAUACCCAACUACCAUUUUAAAGCAGAGAAGAAGACGCCGACCGGAAGUGUAAUAAUGAGGACAUAGUGAGGAGCAGGACUUGGCACCAAGAACCGAGACCCGAACUCUUCAGGUUCUUCAGUACAGACUCCCUCAGACAGGUAAGACUGACCCGGAAACCCGGUCUGUUGUUGUCUUUGACGGUCAGUGAGUGUUUGGGGGUUCUGUUGUGUCGGUUUCGGUUCGGUUCAGAGACAGACACGGAUCAGUCUGGGUCCAUUACCCCCCCCCACCAGGAGACCCGGGACCAGGAGACCCGAGACUGGGUCUGUCUGUGGGGAACCAGUCCGGGUCUAAAGGGGGACAGGAUUCAGUCCAGACUGUGUGUUUGGGUCCGGGAAUUUAGUCUCUGAAACAACCCGGGAUUAGACCAGAUUAGGACACACACGACUAACAUAUACACACACACACACACACACACACACACAAAGACACACACAUCUAACACACACACUCACACACACACACACACACGCACACACCUGGCUGCUUCCUCACCUGUGAUCAGCUGUUGGAUCAUCAGAGGAGCUGAAAGUUUUAAAGUCUCUGAUCAUCAUGAACCUCCAGACUUUCAGUUUCUAAACUUGAUAAACAACUGAAAUAACUUUCAGCUUAAAGGAUCAUCUCACUUAAAGGGAUAUUCUGGCAUAAAAUUAAUUUAGGGUCAAACACACCAUAGCACUGAGUUAGACACCCCAUUACGGACUACAGCGGGGUGCCGCAGCUCAAAGAAGAACAUUUAUGAUCAUUUCUUUAUCAUUUCCUUGAAGUAAUAAUCACCAUAUUAAUCAUUUUACAGACGCUGUAGUUCUUCUGUCUUAGCGUCUCGGUCUGAUUGUAUUUCUAUAAAGAAAUGAUCAGAAAUGUUCUUCGUUGAGCUGCGUCACCCCGCUGUAGUCUGUAAUGGACUGGCCUGAGGUCUCUCUACAAACAAGCGUCUGCUGGAAGAGAGUAGGUGAGUUGUGUUUAGUCUCUUUGCUAAAGAAAUGAGUCAAAGUUAAAAAGAUGUUUGGUGUCUAGUACUAUGUCUGUGACCCUAUAUGUACUAACCUCAGUAGAACAUGGUGUAGUUCAGUUCAGUAACAGAACCUCAUUGGAAAAUUAGCUGAUUUAACUUUACUGUGCUCUUGUUCAAAUAUAUUAACUCGACAGCACAUAAAUCCAUACCUGUUAACAAAAUCAUGAUUUUAUUGAUAAUUCGGCUCAAUAAAAACACCUUUAACUUUUCAUUUUACUACAGUAGAAGUUUAUUGGCCCAGCUUAUAGACUACAGAGGUGGAGAAACGCCCCCGCUUAAGUUUAUGUUUUCUUAGGAGUUAAAACAACUCUGAAUAUAGUACUAUGUCUGUGACCCUAUAUGUCCUGUUGAUGAAGUUAGGUGCUGCUCUGAGCAUUAUUUGUGGCUAUAGAGUGGCGUUUUGGUUGGGGGCGUGUCUCUCUGUAUUUCUAUCCUGCGGUCGUUACUAAAGUUGGUAUAACUAGAGAAGGAAGCGGUCGACAACAUUCAUCUCUGGAGGGGGGGUCUGACUCUGUGUGACGGUGGGUUUGACCCUAAAUUAAUUUAACGCAGGAAUAUCCCUUUAAAGAACACAUUCGGGACUGUCCUUUUAAAUGAGCUGCAGUGUCACUGAAUCACACAGGGAGGCCCGACCGAACUCUGACGUUGUAGGUGAAACAUUUAUUUCUUUAUAGUCUGUGUUUUUGUCCUCAUCAGGUUAUUCUAAUCCUUAAUUGAUUAUUUUAACAGUUCCUUCUUUACUGUGUCUUUGUCUCCUCAGGAGAGACGAGCCGUCAGCCACCUGUGGAUGAAGACCGGACCACCGAGUCAGCUAUGGUGAGGAUGAG